CUGAUACAUAAGUCUCUGUCGAGUAUUCAUAUCGAUCUGUCCUAGUUGAACUAUUGGAAUAUCUUACUCACGAUGCUCAACCACUUGUAUCGCGUGUACGCAGGCUUUUUUAACCCCCCACCGGCCCGGAAACGCGAUGACGCCAUUCGAUUCGGUCUGCUUGGCGCAUCCAACAUCGCUCCCGUCGCUUUGAUCACUCCUGCAAUAUCGCACUCGGAAGUCAUCGUCGCGGCAGUCGCAGCCAGAGACCGCUCCCGAGCCGAGGCAUAUGCUCAGAAACACAACAUCCCUGUGGUUCACUCCACUUACGAGGACCUCGUGCAAGACCCCUCCAUCGACGCCAUCUACAUCGCCCUCCCCAACAACCUCCACUGCGAAUGGGCCCUGCGCUCCCUCCGCGCCGGCAAGCACGUCCUCCUCGAGAAGCCAUCGUGCUCGAACGCCGAAGAAGCACGCGCCCUCUUCACCCACCCGCUUCUGAAAAGCCCAGACGCCCCCGUCCUGCUCGAAGCAUUCCACUACCGCUUCCACCCCGCCUGGCAGACCUUCCUGGCGCGCAUCCACGCCGACCCGGUCGGUCGCGUGAGAAAGGCCCUCGCUCAGCAGUUCCUGCCUAAGGGUGUCAUUGGCGAUGAUGAUAUCCGGUGGCGGUUUGAUCUCGCCGGCGGCGCGAUGAUGGAUUUCGGUACGUAUCCGAUGAAUUGUCUUCGGCAGAUCUUUGGGCAGGAGCCGAGUGAGGUGUUGGAGGUUGGGGUUCGUGGGUUGGCGGCGCCGCCGGUAGGGUUGAAGGAGGCAGAGCAAGUGGAUCAGGCGAUUACAGGGAGGUAUCGGAUGGCAGAUGGCGCGGAGGGGACGCUGGUGGCGGAUCUGGCGGCGUCGGGUGGGUGGCCGCUGCUGCCGAGUUCGUGGACGAAGAGAUGGCCGGGGCUGGGGUGGCCGAAGUGUGAGGUUGAGUUGGAGGAGCAUGUUGUGGAGGAUAAAGAGGGGGAGGUGCAUACUGUGCAGAGGAAUGUGGUGCUUUGGAAUCAUUUGAUGCCGAGUCUUUAUCAUCGGGUGGAUGUGGAGGAUACGCAUGUGGUUCGAGUGGGCGAGGAGGUGGUGAAGAGCUGGAAAGAGACGAGGCACGAAAAGGCGUAUAAGUGGGCUUCUGGUGAUGCGCAGGACUGGUGGACUACUUAUCGGUAUCAGCUGGAGGAGUUUGUCAACAAGGUUAAAGGAAGGGAGGGGUCGGGGGUGUGGGUUGAUGCGGAGGAUAGCAUCAGGCAGAUGGAGGCUAUCGAUGAGACGUACCGCAAGGCGGGGCUGAAGGUGAGACCAGGAAGUGACUUUCAGCUGUAGGUUAGGU